AUGUCCUGCAGGUUCUGCCGCCUGGCACGGGGCAUCAGCACCUUCGCGCGCUUCGUCCCAGAGACGGUGGUUCGGAUGGCCCAGUGUUUCUGUCAUGGGGACGUUCGCAACAUCGUGAUGAAUGGCGAGGGGAAGGGGACCCGCCUUGAGGUUUCCAGACGCAUGGUCACAAUUAUGCCCAUGCCUCGGGCAGCAAAUGUUGAUGCCUUUUGGAGUAACAGUGCACGGACAUUAAAGGCUUCACCAGCAUCUCUGAACGAUUGCGACCGCACCCUGGCCGCCAUGGCCACCAUGGCCCGGCGUGACCUGCUGUACAUGCUCAUGCGAUACUUUUCGGUCAUGAUGCGUGUAGUGGAGCUCUAUGGAGGUAUUGUGUUGGAGAUCUUGGGCGAUGGUCUCAUCGUGUUUUGGAACGCACCUGACACGGUCGAAGAUCAUCCAGGUAAAGCUUGUGCAGCAGCGCUCACACAACUUGAGGCCCUUUCAGGCUUGAAUGGUGAGUACGGCGUGUAUGAGCUCCCAGAGCUGUCGAUUCGCAUUGGCAUCCACACAGGGUCCAGCUUAGUGGGCAACAUUGGAAGUGAGUCGAGGAUGAAGUAUGGAUGUUUGGGCGAUACCAAGCAGGUCGCCAUGAAAUUAGAGGAUCUCUGCAAGUACUAUGGGGUCGACGUUAUUUGUUCCAGCAGCACAAAGAACAUGACCAUCCCGAGCAGAUUUUUCUUCAGGGAGCUCGACUACGUGCAG